AUGCUACGUCGAUGUACAAGCUUUGCCAGACCGGGCAUGCUUUGUAUCUCACGAAGAUUACAAUCUAAUACUAUUUCUCAAUUCACAGAGCUGCAUCCGUCGCUAACUAAGAGAGCCGAGAAAUACGUUGAUGAGCUGGCAGAACUUGAGCAGUGGUUGGCCAACGGCGAGACAUUUGAUGUGGAAAAACAAAAGAAGUUCUCCAAUCUUUCGGCGAUAGUUGACUCCUUUCGUCAAUAUCAAAAUGAUCUUGGCACAUAUAAGGAAUUACAAAAAAUGGUCAAUGACGAUCCGAGCCUAAGAGAUGAGGCUCAACAGGAGAUUCAAGAACUAGAACCCGAGCUAAUAAUCAAAUCACAGCAUUUAUUAAGUCAAUUGCUACCACCUCAUCCAUUUGCGGACAAAGCUUGUAUUUUAGAACUAAGGCCCGGAGUGGGAGGGACGGAAGCAAUGAUAUUUGCCCAAGAUCUGUUGAACAUGUACAUCAAUUACGCAAAUCACAAGAAAUGGAAAUAUCAUAUAACAUCAGAAAAUCCUAACGAAAGUGGCUCUGGUAUCGUUGAUGCCAUUUUGAGCAUUGAUGAGCCUGGCUCCUAUGAUAAACUCAAAUUUGAGGCAGGUGUUCACAGAGUGCAGCGUAUUCCUGCGACAGAGACAAAGGGUAGGACACAUACCUCUACUGCAGCCGUUAUUGUUCUUCCACAGAUGUCGGAAGAAACUGAAAAGGACUCUGAUGCUUAUGAAAGAACCUUUAAGCCAGACGAGAUCAGAAUAGAUGUUAUGAGGGCCCGGGGAAAAGGUGGUCAACACGUCAACACCACUGAUUCCGCUGUGCGCUUAACGCAUUAUCCCUCCGGCAUAGUAGUAUCGAUGCAAGAUGAAAGGUCUCAGCACAAGAAUAAGGCAAAAGCAUUCGCCAUCCUUCGAGCAAAACUAGCUGAAAUUGAGAGGAAGGAAAAAGAGGACAAGGAAAGAGCCGCGAGAAAGGAUCAAGUUACUACCACUGAUAGGUCUGACAAAAUCAGAACAUAUAAUUAUCCUCAAAACAGGAUUACGGAUCACAGAUGUGGAUUCAACCUUCAUGAUAUUACUGGUGUGAUGGCUGGAGAACGACUAGAUGAUGUUAUUGAAGCCAUGGCGAAAUAUGACAGUGAUAAACGGGCCAAAGACUUAUUAAGAGCCGUAGAGAGCGCUUAG